UAUCAUGUCUGACCAUCUACUAGUAGCAGCUAUAGACUUUGGUACGACAUAUUCUGGAUAUGCCUUUUCAACAAUAGCUAACUUUAAACUUGAUCCACUGAAGAUACAUGCUAAUCAGGCUUGGAAUGCUGGAGGAAGACAACUCCUUUCCCUUAAAACACCAACAUGUCUACUCCUAAACGAGAAAAAAGAACUGGCUUCCUUUGGAUUUGAAGCAGAGAACGAGUAUGCAGAACUGGUACUAGACGAGAAACACCACGAUCACUAUUACUUCACAAGAUUUAAAAUGAAAUUAUAUCAGACUAAGGAUUUAAGUGAAGAUAUGAAACUUGAAGACGUAGCUGGUAAAAGUUUAAUGGCUAUAGAUGUGUUUGGUCAAUCUAUCAAAGCACUAAAAGACCAUUUGUUGAAAUUGUUGAUUACUGAGGGGACUGGUGUUCAACCACAUGAGAUUAAGUGGGUACUAACAGUUCCAGCUAUUUGGCCUGAUAGCGCUAAGCAAUUCAUGAGAAAAAGCGCUGAAAAGGCAGGCAUCGACCAUAAAAAGCUUUGCAUUGCCCUUGAGCCAGAGGCUGCCUCUAUACAUUGUCAAUACCUACCUACAGAGAAGCUGAAGGGUGCCACUGACGGAUUUACUGUGAGAGAAACAGGACAAAAGUAUAUGGUUAUUGACUUGGGAGGUGGCACUGCAGAUAUAACAGUACACCAAAAACUAGAAGGAGGUCAUCUAAAAGAGCUGUGUCAUGCCAGUGGUGGUGACUGUGGUGGAACAUCUGUUGAUAAUGCAUUCGUUCAGAUGAUAGUCAAAAUUCUAGGUGCACCUUUAAUCAACCUUCUGAAACAAGAGGAUCCAUCUGCCUAUUUAGAUUUGCUUCGAGAGUUCGAAACUGUAAAGCGCAAAAUAGAAUCAACCACAUCUGGAAAGGUAAACUUCACCGUUCCCUGCGCAACCAUCAAUACUCUUUGCGAAAAACAUCAAAAUGAAAGUUUUAAAUCAAUGAUAGAGGCAUCGCCCUUUGCCAACCAAAUUGCACUCAGAGGAGACAAACUAAGAGUAGAUGCCGAUAUUAUGAAAAAUUUGUUUUCACUGACUGUAAACAACAUAAUCAAAUUAGUCAAAGAUGUCCUGCGAAAUCCUGUAGUCAGUGAUGUUCAACUUCUACUGUUGGUUGGAGGAUUCUCCGAAUGCCCUCUUAUACAAUCCGCCAUGAAAAAAGUAUUUUCCCACAAGCGCAUUGUAAUACCAGAGGAAGCUGGAUUAUCUGUAUUGAAAGGGGCAGUUCUGUUUGGGCACAAACCUGAUUAUAUUGCUUCGCGUGUCAUGCGAUUUUCCUAUGGGACGGAUGUAUCAGUAUCGUUUGAUCCGAACGUCCAUGAAAUUUCCAGGAAAAUAAUAAGACACGGAGAGCAGCGUUGUGACGACACGUUUUCUAUGAUAAUAGAAAAAGACCAGUCUGUUCCAGUUGGAACCAAGAUCACACGAGGCUUUACAACUGCAAAUCCAUAUCAAGCUAAAAUGGGAAUGAGAAUUUUUGCAUCUACCCAAAAAAAUCCCUCAUACGUUGAUGAAGAGAAUUGCCAUUUCAUUGGGGAUGCUACUAUUGACAUUCCAUGUCCAACCGAACAGAAGCGAUCAGUUGAGGUGAACUAUAUUUUCGGAAAUACUGAAAUUAGCAUGAUAGCUAAAGAAGAACUGCAUGGGUCUACAUGCAAUGCAAGUUUCAAUCUGAUUUGAAUAAACUGCAGA